UUUUUUUUUCCUUUUCUUAAAGAAUUUAAAAAAAACAUAGCAAACCCAUUUUUCAGUCAUAAAACUGAAGGCUUCUUGUUCUUUCUUUUAGUUUCUUUGAAUACCCAAAUGAAAAAAAAAAAACUUCAAUUUUCAGUUUUUUCAUCAAUCUUUCAUACUUCAGUUGGGUUGUUCAUGUUCAUGCAAGAUUUCAAGAACUGCCACACAAGGUUAUUAUGAUUUAAUAGGUCGUUACUGAUUAUUGCAUUCUACAUGACAAUCUCAAGGCAGCAUGCCUCUUAUACAAUUGACAAAAGGAAGCCAUGGUAUCAAAGAGCUAUAGAGAUGGCUACUCAAUGGAAGACAAUUUCCAAGUCUCCUGAAAUUCCAUCAUCAACAAAUUCUACACUAUGGAAAAUUUCCAACCUUGAAGAGAUUUCUUCAACUAAUUCAACAUUGUGGAAAACCAUAUCCAAAUCCACCGAAAUUCCUCCGAUGGCAACAUCGACAGCAACGACGACAAACCCUAAUAGAGGCAAGCUAAGAAAAAGCACUUCUCUUAGGGUUGCUACUUCAUUUACUCGAGUAUGUCUUUGCGCACCGAUCUCUUCCUACAACGAGGUAUUUCGAGCCGAUGUUCCACCAAGAAGAAGCAAUAGUUACCCUAGGUCGAAACCCUUUCUUGCAACGCAAGAAAGAAUACCUAGCGCAAGACAUAGCACCGAAGGUAGAAAAGUUUUUCGGGGGAAAUCUUUGACGGAUGACGUUUUGAUGAAGCGAUUUGUUGUUGAGGAAGAAGCAAUGACGCAAAUUAGAAGGAGAAAUCAAAUGGAAGUUAUUAGGAAGAGAAAUUUGAUGAGAAGAAAAAAGCUUGGACCUAGCCCGCUUAGUAGAAUGGUAUUGGCCGAGGAGGAGGAGGAGGAGGAGGAGGAGGAGGAGAAUGUUUGAUUAGGAAGUUUGAAAAUCUAUUUGUGUUCAAACAGAAAAUUUUGUAAUUUUUCCUCUCUUUUUUCUUUUAUUAUUUAUUAAUUUAUAUUUUAUCCGCUAAAAAGUUUGUACUUAUUGCAGGCAAUCUCUGUCAUUAAUGUUAUAGACUAUUUUGAUGGUGA